CAAAAAAGUCAAUAUUGAUUCUUAGCAAAGGAAACAGUGAAGACAAUUUGAAAAGAUUUAAAAUCUGUAUACUUUCAGUGUUAUGUAAAGUAAAAGAAAUUCAAAUAUAUCAAGCAAAAUGGCAGAAAGCAAUAUUCAUCUGAGUGGAAAUGGUGGUAUGAGAACCACCUCUAAACCUCUUCGCAUUCAGCGAUAUGAAGCUGCUCUUGAUAUGGCGGCAUUCUUUGAAUAUGCAAAAAAAAUGUUAUCCAAGCCUUUGACAAGUAGUGACGACGAUGAUGACUCCGAUUCAGACUCGUCUAAUAUAAACACUCGAAAUUAUCGAAAACUGGCAUGUUACGUGAGGUCAUCAAGACAAGAACGUAAUGAGGAUAAAAGUUUCUUGUUUAACUUAAGUUCUGUUGGGAUAGACAGAAUUUGGUUGCAAAAUUUAAUACUAUCUGAUACCGAAUCGGAAAGUGAAAUAUCAGACAACGAAUAUAUUCAAAACAUGGUUGUGAAUCAUUUAAGGGAACGUAGAUACCGCUCAAAGUAUUAUAGUAGUCAUAAAAACUCUCAAUUUGGAUACUAUAGUGUAGGAUUACUAUCUAAUUAUGAUAUGUUCCCUAAUCAUCAACGAUCAAUCGUAGGAGUUCGCAAAAGAAAAAUGGUACAUAAGCAAGGAAUUGAGAAAUUUAAAUCUCGUAGGAAAAAAUCGACGAAAAACAAUGUAAACGAUCGUCUAUCUGGGCUUUGCGAUAUCGACUUGGAAGAACAGCUUGGUUUAAGACUCGAAAAAGAUGAUGGUCCAGACUCAAAGUUAACAAAUUCAACAGAAAUAAAAUUGAAGCGAGGACGAAGGGUUGCAUCCAAAACACCAGAAAUUAUGGCGGCCAGAAGACGAAAGUUUUGGCAGUUGAUGACAAAAAAAGAAUUAGGCAAGAUUCAGAGAGCUAAAUCAAACAACCACAAAGAUAUAAUAACCAAUUGUCGUCGAGUGGCUUCUCUAUGCAUGAGGGUAUCGCGACAGAAAGCGAUGCAAUCACAAAAAUUAAUGAAGGAAACUAUUUGGAGGGCCAAGCGGUUGACUCGUGAAAUGCAAGGCUAUUGGAAACGCUAUGAUCGUGUGGAACGAGAAACUAGAAAACGUAUGGAGAAAGAAGCCGAAGAACAACGAAAAAUUGAUGUUGAGAUGGUUGAAGCAAAGAGACAACAGCGAAAACUAAAUUUUUUGAUUACUCAAACAGAGCUAUAUGCCCAUUUCAUGUCUAAGAAAUUAGGAAAUGUGUCUAAAGAGGAACAACUCAAAAUUUUAUCUCAACUAGAUGAAGAGUCUAAUCCAAGAUUAGCAUUGAUUGAUAAUUACGACAGUGAUUUGAUGAAACAAAAAGCACACAAAAAUGCAACGGAAGCUUUUAGCAGUGAUAAUGAACGCAAACAAAUGUUUGACAAUAUAAUGCAACAACACAAACCGGCCAACCAGAGAGUAGAUGAAUCCGGAACUAUUAUUGAUUUGCCGCAACCUACUAUUUUUCAUGGGUGCUUAAAAGGGUAUCAACUAAAAGGGGUAACUUGGUUAGCAAAUUUAUAUGAUCAAGGCAUAAGUGGCAUCCUAGCUGAUGAAAUGGGACUUGGUAAAACUGUACAAUCGAUUGCAUUUUUGUGUCAUAUUGCUGAGAGUUACGGAGUAUGGGGUCCAUUUCUAAUUAUUUCGCCAGCAUCAACUUUACAUAACUGGCAGCAAGAAAUGGAACGUUUUGUACCAGAUUUCAACGUUGUUCCUUACUGGGGCUCGCCUAAUGAACGUAAAAUUCUACGACAAUUUUGGGAACAAAAAGAUCUCCAUACAAAAGGGGCCAGCUUUCAUGUAGUGAUUACCAGUUAUCAAUUGGUGGUUUCAGAUUACAAGUACUUCAACCGUAUCAAGUGGCAAUAUAUGGUACUUGAUGAGGCGCAGGCAAUCAAAAGUUCUAGUUCAGUGCGAUGGAAAUUACUGUUAGGAUUUAACUGUCGAAAUCGAUUGCUUCUUAGUGGCACACCGAUUCAGAAUAGUAUGGCCGAGUUAUGGGCUUUAUUACAUUUUAUUAUGCCAACAUUGUUCGAUUCGCACGAGGAAUUUAACGAAUGGUUUUCAAAAGACAUCGAAAGUCACGCAGAAAAUAAGACCGGAAUCGAUGAGAAGCAAAUUUCACGACUUCACAUGAUUCUUAAACCUUUUAUGCUUAGACGUAUCAAAAAAGAUGUUGAAAAUGAAUUAUCAGACAAGAUUGAAAUUAUGGUGUAUUGUCCUUUAACAAUUCGUCAAAAGCUGUUGUAUGUAGCAUUGAAGAAAAAAAUUCGCAUAGAAGAUCUACUUAAUUUAACGGGACAUGGUACAGGUGAUGGGCAUUCGUUCGAUAAAAACUUCACAUCAAAUUUGAUGAACUUAGUUAUGCAGUUUCGUAAGGUUUGCAAUCAUCCUGAACUGUUUGAGCGCCGUGAUGCAAAAAGCCCAUUUUUUUAUAAGACACCAAAUUAUAAGAUUGCACGACUUGUUUUCAAUGAGGCUUUUCUAGAGAAGAUAAUACCUAGUAAACAUCAUAUUGUGUAUAAUUUAUUUAAUGUUUUUAAGUGUGAAAAUGUGUAUCAAUCGGUGUUCAAAAGUUAUGCAAUACCCAACAUUGGAAAAACGAGUUUCCGACCGGGGAAUGUUUUGAAUACAUUCUCUUUCAGCCGAUUGUGCAAUGUAUCGUUAGUCGAAAUAGAGAAGUUGGCAUUGGAUGGACUUAUUUAUUUUUUUCAAUAUUUGUAUCGAUGGCAUGACUAUCUCAAGUUACUCCAUUACCGAUGGGUGUGGUGGGGCCAUCAGUCAAGCAUUAACAGCAUUCUUCUUGAACCAACGGUUGAGCAAUGGACCAACACUUUAUUUUCGUACUUCUACGAAACACUCCAGGAUCUAAUAUUUACUGCAACGACACAGAAUACUAUAUAUAUUCAUACUGAAAAACGGUUAUUUUCUAUGCAGGAAUCAAUUGAGCAUAGAAUCUUAAGAAGUUGGAAAGCUCUUAAGCUAACGAAUUCAGAAAAGCAGUCAAUAACAAAUUGUUUCAGCACAAAUGCCAAUAACUUAACUGACCUUCAGUCCACAAGUUUUAAGAAUAAGCAUAUUUUUACCAAACCAACCCUUACGAGCAUUUCCAUUUUACCCGAGUUUAUACACACAUUCAGUGCAGAAACGAAGUUUGAAUACUGGCCAACCGAGAUGCCACGAUUUCUUUAUGGACUGAUACCCCGCGUAGUCAGCUCAGGAAGGAAGUACUAUUGUGUGAGUAACGAAGCUGCGUGGACUACCAUUAAGCAUGAACAUUGUGACUCAGAAGAAGGAUUUCGUAUGAUGGUGAAUGCUUUAAAACUAUGUUACCCAGUUGCGGUAGGAUGGUCAAAUAUUAUCAUUCCUGACAAACAGACCCUUGUGUCAGAUGCAGGGAAGCUAGCUGUAUUAGAUUCGUUGCUAACACGCUUGAAAGUUCAAGGUCAUCGUGUACUUAUUUAUUCUCAAAUGACAAAAAUGAUCGAUUUGUUGGAGGAAUAUAUGUGGCACCGAAAACACCGAUAUAUGAGGCUCGAUGGUUCCAGUAAGAUUUCCGCUAGACGGGAUAUGGUAGCAGAUUUUCAAAAUCGGGCAGACAUUUUUGUUUUUCUCCUAUCUACUCGUGCUGGUGGUCUUGGAAUUAACCUAACUGCAGCAGAUACGGUAAUAUUUUAUGAUUCCGAUUGGAAUCCUACGGUUGACCAACAAGCAAUGGAUCGUGCUCAUCGUUUAGGCCAAACAAAACAAGUCACUGUAUAUCGUUUGAUCUGUAAAGGUACAAUUGAAGAGCGAAUACUCCAGCGUGCCAGAGAAAAAAGUGAGAUUCAAAGGAUGGUGAUCAGCGGAGCUAAUUUCAAACCAGAUACACUCAAACCCAAGGAAGUCGUUUCACUUCUUCUAGACGAUGAAGAAAUAGAAUUAAAAUAUCGACAGAAAACUGAAGAAAGGAAGUUCGCUGUCGAAGACCUCUUAAAAAACGAUAAGGACCGAGACAGAAAACGAAAGGCGAAUAGCGUAUUGAGCAAGGUUAUGGACCUGAAAAGGCCAAAGGCGGAUAGCUUACUUGACGCAGAUGAUUUGGCAUUUUUGGAGUCAGGGGUACCAAGUUCGACUGCUAGUGAACAAUCAAAUACCAGCGAAAACAUGAAACUAACUAAUGCUUUCGGCAAGGAUGAUUCCAGCAACGAUGAAAUGAUAACUGAGUGUGAUAUAGCGAGUGCAUCACAUACACCCGUCUCCUAUUCAACAUACGAUGAAAUGAUCAAGCAAAGAAAACGACUACGUGGAAGCAAACGAGGAAGACCAAGGGGAUCUCGACGAAGUUGUUUAACAGAUAUGCAGUCAUCAAGCUCAGUGACACGAAUUAUUCAGCACCUUCCACAAGUGAAAAGAGGUCCAGGGCGUCCUCGUUUGAAAUUUAGUGGUCCCAAUAAUCAAGGAUACCGUGGUCAUAACAGAUUAGUUCCACGUCCAAGAAAGUCUAUUGGACCUCUUGUUGUACCAUUAGGUCAGAGUCCAGCCACCACUCCUGUAUUGCAACGACUUGUACUUAGCUCAUCACAAAGACCAUCAUGCGAUUUACCACAAGUCAACUAAUUUACUUUCAAUUGUAUUUAAUUGUUUUUGUGCAGAUUUAUAUUAUUUCUCUAAUGUUUACGGAUAGUUUGUAAGAUUUUAUGAAAUAAAUCUACAUUAAAAUGUA